GUGGAGGGGUAUUUCGUGCUGUCUUUGCAGAUGUCACAGGAAAUGAAUCUUCAAAAGCGUACCCGUCUUCAUGCCCUGCACAUCUGCCUUUCGGUAUUGAGACGGUACAAAUUUCAUGAAAGCAGCUCAAUAACAAAAUAACUUUCAGCAGAAAGCAAGACGAUGGCCAACUUCUCUGACUGCGAGAGGUUUCAAAAAGGCGUGCUGCCUGCGGUGUAUGGGGUUGAGUUCAUCGUGGCCUCGGCAGGAAACCUGUUUGCCCUGUGGCUGCUGGUUGUUAGAGAGAGACGGAACUGGCACACUGGAGUCAUCCUGUCCUGCAACCUGGCCAUCAGCGACCUGCUGUAUGUCCUCACCCUGCCUUUGCAGAUUGCCUACUACUCAAUGGACAAGCACUGGGUGUUUGGUAACGCUGCAUGUAAAAUUGAGAAGUUUCUUUUCACCUGCAACCUAUACGUGAGCAUCUUCUUCAUCAUGGCGAUAAGUGUGAACCGAUGUGUGGCUCUCGUUUGGCCCUUCUUUACACGCUCUCACGUGGAGCCUGUCCACGCCAAGGCCAUCAGUGUCAUCAUCUGGGUCAUUGUGGGAGUCAUUUCCUGCCCUGUGUUGAAAUUUGCCUCCAUUUGCCACGUUGAGAACAAGAAGAACACUCUGUGCAUGUCCUACUGUGGUUCUGAAAAUGAAAAGCCUCACUUCACUUACAAAGUAUUUCUCGCUGUGUUUGGGUGUCUUCUUCCCUUCUUGGUUACUUUCACUGCUUACUGCGCAGUGAUCCGGGUGGUGUGGCAAAAUGUCACCAUAACCACACUAGAGAAACGUAAAGUCGCCCUGUUAGUCGCAUCAGUGCUUGUGCUGUAUGCAGUUUCCUUCCUGCCCUAUCAUUUCUCUCAGACCUAUCACUUGCAUCUGAAACUUCAGGAUCCCAACAAUAAUAUCUGUUGGAUCUACAACAUGUACCAAGCGUCCAAGGGUCUGGCAAGUCUGAACAUGUGCAUCCAUCCAAUCCUUUACAUGGCUGUGUUUGACAGUAUAAGAGUAGCGUGUUGUGGGAAGAGCCCAGAGGAGAGAUGAGAAAGUAGAGCUGUUGCUUGGUAGCUUUUGUGUAAAGUACAUUUUUAUUUCAUGCUGGAAAAACUCUUUAAAAAUUAUAUUUCUACAAAGAAGUUCCUUACAAGGAGAUUUAUUUUUGUAAGUGAGAAAUGUCACUGUUCUGUUUUAACUUUGAAAACACAACCAUAAGUAAUAAAGAUUUAUUUACUUCCGUAAUGUGUAA